GUCUCAUCGCAAGCCUUUCACCAGGAUGGGAUAUUCAUAUUAUAGUUAUGGCUUCCCCAGUUUUCUCAUUAUAAUCAUCGCGUUAUAUCUUCUAUUCACUGGUUCGGGCGAAGCUUUCAACGUUGGUCGAUUCCUGGAAGAAACAAGCCCAUAUGUGUGGGCUGCUACUGGAGUGGGUUUAUGCAUAGGAUUGAGUGUCCUUGGUGCGGCAUGGGGCAUAUUCGUUACUGGUGCUUCAAUUCUCGGAGGAGGCGUUCGUGCUCCUCGUAUAACAACGAAGAAUUUGAUCAGUGUCAUUUUUUGUGAAGUCGUCGCCAUCUAUGGUGUCAUCAUUGGAAUUGUGUACUCUUCAAAGCUCGCCGAUGUGCCGGAAGAUCUCCUCUACACACGCGAUAACUACUUCCUCGGAUUCGCUCUCUUCUGGGGUGGCCUGACUGUUGGUGCAUGCAAUCUGCUCUGCGGGUUGUGUGUUGGUGUCACGGGUUCGACAGCUGCUCUCGCUGACGCUGCCGACCCAAACCUCUUCGUGAAAAUCCUAGUUGUGGAGGUAUUUGGCAGUAUACUUGGCUUGUUUGGCUUGAUUGUCGGUCUCCUCAUGACAGGAAACGCUGCAGGAGAGUUCACAGGCGCUGCCUCAUUGGCAUCCGCAAAUGUCACUGUCGCCCACCUGUGAAUUUCUUGCUCAGUAGAAAAACCAUAAAAGCACUCUGCAAGUGUUACUCAUCUCACUCUGUCAACUACCAUGGAAUGAUACCACGAAUAAAUCUCCGACAGUUUGGAUACCGCAACCCCAGCUAAAUGUGAACGUUAAUGUGAAGCAAUCUAUGUAAUACUCGAGAAAACGCUAUGAUAUGCCGACAGUAGUUCCAGUGCCACGUAAGAUUAAGAAUAAAUCUCCAGUACAGGUUUGAGCUGAUGGAUGUUGGAUAGGAAGGUGACUCUUCAAUCAUGCUUUCCCACUUUUGAGAAUUUAAAUACGGCAUCCCGGAAU